CCGUUUGCUGAGAUGACAAAAACAUCUGUAUCUUGUUACCCAGGUGGACCACAUGACAUGAGCAAAAGUAUUCCCAUUUCUCCAUUGCAACAUCCCCAACAGCGCCGGUGAUGGCUCUUUUACUGCAAUGUGAAGCUUUCUUGUUUGCAGAUGAGCACGUGAGCAGCAGCGUUUUCCUUGUUCAAAAUUCACCCCUGGAUGCGUAACACGUGACCUUUUCUUUAAUGAUUGACUAAACAAAAACAUGGGACAUUUUUGAUACCAUUGUUCUCAUUUGUGUGUUACUUUGACUUGUUUUAUUUUUCCAAAAUGAUACAUCUACAGCACCGGACCGCUACUGAUGGGGGUACAAUGUAACGCUGACAAGGAGCACAUACACCCAGGGCGACUUUGAACGAACGGAUUGGAAUAAACAGGCGCUUCCAACCUGCUGCAGUUUCAUCAAUCUCUGCAACCGAAGCAACCGACAACUACACUUCCCGGUGUUCAACGGGGUCUCGGUGACGGCUGAUUCGGGGCGGAUCAGACAUGAUGUCACCCCGGUGAAUUGGUGCUGGCUGGGUUGCAACCAUCGUCCCCAGCAUUGGGCGUCCUCCUCCUCCUCUGGUCGACAGGCUCAGCAUCUGCACAGUGAGCAGUGCACCCUGCCAGCUGUUUUGUGUGCAGCCCAAUGGCUGCAAUCACACGAGUCCCAUCAUCUGAAUGAAGAGGAAAAAAAGGCGUUGUCAGCUGCAAAUGGGUGAAAAUUGCCACCGCGGAGCCUCUGAUUCCCCGUUUCCAUGCCCUGCAGACCAUCACAGUGCAAUGCACCGCUCGCUCGGCUCAGGUUUGUACGUUGCUGGCGCGGAGUGAAUGCAUUGCUUUGCUUGCUGCUCCGAGUAAUGAUGCGUAACGUGUGCAUUGCUUUAUUGCAGACACAAUACAUACAACGAGCUGUUAUGCCUGCAUGCUUGAUCUACAUUAAGACGCCUGCAAUUUGAACAAACAAGGUCACCGACUGCAAAAUAUAUAUAUCAACAAAAAAAAAAUGUCUAAAGCCAAGGUUUGCGAAUCGGUGAAGGUGGUUGUCAGAUGCCGCCCGAUGAAUGGGAAAGAAGAGGCGGCUGCUUGCGAGCAGAUCGUGGUUAUGGAUGUGAAAUUGGGACAGGUGUCUCUUCGCAACCCCAGAACACCAUCCAGCGAGAUGCCCAAGAUCUUCACGUUUGACGCCGUCUAUGAGUACAGCUCCAAGCAAGGCGACCUGUACGAUGAAACAGUCCGCCCUUUGGUUGACUCGGUGUUGCAGGGCUUCAACGGGACAGUUUUCGCUUAUGGGCAGACAGGGACAGGGAAAACAUACACCAUGCAGGGGAUCUGGGCCGACCAAGAGAAAAGAGGAAUCAUUCCCAAUGCGUUCGAGCAAAUCUUCACCCUUAUAUCGCGAUCCCAGGACCAGCAAUAUCUAGUGAGGGCUUCCUAUCUGGAAAUCUACCAGGAGGAGAUCCGAGACCUUCUGAGCAAGGACCAGAACAAAAAACUGGAGUUGAAAGAAAAACCAGAAACCGGCGUUUAUAUCAAAGAUCUGUCAUCCUUCGUAACUAAGAAUGUCAAGGAAAUAGAACACGUUAUGAAUGUUGGAAACCAGUCCAGAGCAGUUGCAGCCACAAACAUGAAUGAGUACAGUUCAAGAUCUCAUGCCAUUUUUGUUGUUACUGUUGAAUGCAGUGAGCUUGGCUUGGAUGGUGAGAAUCACAUCAGAGUAGGCAAGUUGAACCUGGUUGAUCUUGCUGGCAGUGAGCGUCAGAGCAAAACUGGAGUCCAAGGAGAGCGUCUGAAAGAGGCUGCUAAAAUUAACCUUUCUCUUUCUGCUUUGGGUAAUGUAAUAUCUGCUUUAGUAGAUGGCAAGAGCACUCAUAUUCCCUACAGAGACUCAAAGCUGACCCGCCUGUUAGAAGACUCCUUGGGUGGUAAUGCAAAGACAAUUAUGGUGGCCACUCUCGGCCCAGCGUCCAGCAAUUAUGAAGAGAGCUUAACAACCUUGAGGUAUGCCAACAGGGCCAAGAAUAUUAAAAACAAGCCAAGGAUUAAUGAAGAUCCCAAAGAUGCAUUGUUGAGAGAAUUUCAAGAAGAAAUUGCAAGAUUGAAGGCACAAUUGGAGAGAAAAGGGAUGCUGGGUAAGAAAAGAAGAAAAAGCCAAAGGAAAAUCAUCCUGGAAGGGGUAGAAUUCAUAGAUGAAGUUGAGGAGGCUGAAGAUAACAUAGAAAAGGACAUGGCAAAUUACCUAAAAGAACAAAAAGAGACAUUGGAGAAGGAAAAAUUAGCAAUCCAAGAUGAUCAUAAUUUAGUGGCAGAAGAGAAGCAGAAAUUAUUAGAAGAGAAGGGAAAGAUGAUGGAAGAUCUGCGGAAGGAGCAAGAAGCGACGGAGCAUCUUGCAGCCAAGUUUAAGGCAAUGGAAAGCAAGCUGCUUGUUGGAGGCAAGAAUAUCAUGGACCAUACCAAUGAACAACAAAAAAUGCUGGAGCAGAAGAGGCAAGAGAUUGCAGAGCAGAAACGGAGAGAACGAGAAAUGCAACAGCAGGUGCUGCUACAGGAUGAGGAGACAGUGGAACUAAGGGAAACCUACACCUCACUUCAGCAAGAAGUUGAGAUGAAAACAAAAAAGCUGAAAAAGCUCUUUGCGAAACUCGAGGCUGUGAAGGCUGAGAUUCAGGACCUACAGGAUGAACAUGUGAAGGAGCGACAGAACCUGGAGCAUGUGCAGAAUGAACUGACGCGGGAGCUCAAACUCAAGUAUCUGAUUAUUGAAAAUUUUAUUCCACCUGAAGAGAAAAAUAAAAUCAUGAACCGGCUGUGUUUUGACUGUGAGGAGGAUCAAUGGAAAUUUCUGCCUCUGGUGCCUGCUGACAAACACCAAAUGAAGAAACGGUCUACGUCUGCAGUUGGCUACAAGCGACCAAUCAGCCAGUAUGCCAGAGUUGCUAUGGCAAUGGGCAUUCAUCCCAGAUAUCGCGCUGAAAACAUUCUGUUCUUAGAAUUAGACAUGGAAACACCCACAGUGUUUGAGCUGGAGAUCCCACGAUCGCAGUCGUUACAUGAAGCCACUGGAGGAGAGCUACACCACAGCAGUUCUAAUUUCCUAGAUCGAUCAACCACAGCCAGAGUGAGGAAGUCAAGAUCAUGGUCCAGACCGGAGAGACGAGUAGCUUCCUCCUCUUCUUUCUCUUCACUGGCUUCAGGCUCUCAGCUGUUCUCUCAUUCACCGGGGAAGGUGUUGCAGUGAGGAGCACAGUGAUACUUGUGCCUGUUCUCACUGUUUGGUUAGAAAUUCGUCCUCAGCCUGCAGCACGUAACCAGCAGGACAGCAAUGGUUCAAUUUCCAAAAUAUGCUUCCGUUAACUUUAAUUGAGGCAAAUGUUGGAAGCGAAGUACAAUACCCAGCUGCCUCAAAACUGCUGAUUUAGGACUAAAGACUGAGAACAGAUUUCAGGGCAUUUGUUUUUCGUGUCCCACAAUUCAUCUCAUUGCAUCUCACAUAAAAAUAGUCCAUGUUUUUCAGUUUCAACAGAUAAUCCUGCUGUUUCAAACAGAUAAUUUGACAGUGGCCCUCAAUCUUCAUUCACUUUGCUGCAUUACCUUGCAGUCUAAAAUACCGGAUUAUAGGGGCACAUAAUGGGGCUUGUGGAAGAAACUCUUCUUCCUAAACAAGUUUAAUAAACAAACCUAUAAAAAAAAAAACAAAUUAUGGGAA